AUGUUAAAACCCGGUGACCCUAGCGGAUCUGCUUUCUUGAAAGUGGACCCGACGUACAUGCAACACUGGCAGCAGCUCUUCCCUCAAAGCCAGUUGAAGAAUGGAGGCAUUACGCAGCUGCAGCCGCCGGACAGGGUAGCUGUUCCGGUGGAAAGUCUCCGUCAGCGGCCGAACCUGAUCUCCUCCACAUCAUCAUCGUCGGCUUUAACACCUUCCUCCACAUCUUCAUCGACUCCAUCCGUUUCAUCAUUGGCAGACAACACCAACCUCCAAGCGAAAGAACUUUGUAUAUCCUCCAGCUUUAAGAAUGACAAAGGGUCCAGAUUUAAACUGACCUCCGAUGAGUUAGACUACUACCUCUACGGACAGCAGAGAAUGGAGAUUAUCCCAUUGAACAAUCACACCGGAGACCACAACAAUCGGUGUGACAUGUGUGCAGAUAACCGUAACGGAGAGUGCCCCAUGCACGGGCCCCUGCACUCGCUGCGGCGCUUGGUGGGGACAAGCAGUGCAGCGCCGGCCGUGCCGCCCCCAGAUGUCCCUGACUGGCUGCGGGACCUGCCCCGUGAGGUGUGCCUCUGCACCAGCACUGUGCCCGGCCUUGGCUACGGCAUCUGUGCCGCCCAGCGUAUCCCACAGGGCACCUGGAUCGGCCCCUUUGCGGGAGUCCCCCUCCUCCUGGAUAAGUUGCAGUCAGGAGGGGUGCGCAACACAAGGCACUUAUGGGAGAUCUAUGACCAGGAAGGGACGUUACAGCACUUUAUUGACGGCAAUGAGCCGAGCAAGUCGAGCUGGAUGAGAUACAUUCGCUGUGCACGGCACUGUGGCGAGCAAAACAUGAUGGUGGUCCAGUACAGAUCAUGUAUAUUCUACCGGGCAUGUAUGGACAUUCCAAGAGGAACAGAGCUCCUUGUCUGGUACAAUGACAGCUACACCUCCUUCUUUGGCAUCCCUCUACAGUGCAUUGCGCAGGAUGAAAACUUGAAUGUACCAACCACAGUCAUGGAGGCCAUGAGCAGACAAGAGACGCUGCAGCCGCUCAGUAAAACGGGCAAAGGUUUCUCCGUGGCCCUGCUGCGCUCCAUGGUCUUCCCCCACUCGCCCUGCUCCAGAAGCUUCUCCCUGAUGGACAAGGGUGGCCACACGGACUCCGGCUUCAACCAGAUGAGCUCUAAGAACCAGCGAGUCCUAGCCAGCCCCACCUCCACCAGCCAGCUGAGCACCGAGUUCAGUGACUGGCACCUCUGGAAGUGCGGCCAGUGCUUUAAGACGUUCACGCAACGCAUCCUGCUCCAGAUGCAUGUGUGCACACAGAACCCAGACAGACCUUACCAGUGUGGACACUGCUCCCAGUCCUUCUCCCAGCCGUCGGAGCUGCGCAACCAUGUCGUCACUCACUCCAGCGACCGGCCCUUCAAGUGUGGCUACUGUGGCCGGGCAUUUGCAGGAGCCACCACUCUCAACAACCACAUCCGGACACACACUGGGGAGAAGCCAUUCAAGUGCGAGAGGUGCGACAGGAGCUUCACACAGGCCACCCAGCUCAGCAGACACCAGCGGAUGCCCAACGAGUGCAAGCCCAUCAGCGGCGAGAGCAGCGAAUCAAUCGAGGUGGAUUAG